AUGGAUGGGCGAGUGACCCACUGGUUGGGUCAAUGCCACCGCAAUUAUAAUGUCUCUACGACCGAUAUCCGCAGCACUUCCUAUUCGAAUUUGAUCAGAGGUGUGACGAUCCCUUCUGGGAGAACCUACCGUUAUGUCUUCUCUCCGCCGUUCGACUCAACCAAACCAUACAUCCUGUUCUUGCACGGGUUUCCAGAGACGUCGCACGAGUGGAAAGCUCAGAUUACCUACUUCACCGAGCAAGGCUUCGGUGUUGUUGUCCCCGACCUCCUCGGCUACGGGGGAACCGACAAGCCAGAGAGCUUGACAGCAUAUAGCUUCACGAGCAUGGCCGGCGAACUUAAUGAGCUGCUCGAGUGCGAGGGCGUGGAAAAAUUCAUUGCGGUUGCCCAUGAUUUCGGAGCGCCGGUGCUUUCCCGACUCCUGACUCACCAAUCUUCUCGAGUAACAGCAGCCGCAUUUCUGGGCGGUGGUUAUCUUCCACUCCAGGCUCGCUUAGAUGCAGCAUCGAUAACUGCUUUUAAUAAUGACGCCAAGGAUCGAUAUGGUUACGAAAUAUAUGGCUAUUGGUUUACGAAUAAUGAAGAUAGCAUGACUGAGCUUGUUGAAGAAAAUUUGGACUCUUUCCUAAGCCUUGCUUUUACACGAAAUCAGACGGUCUGGAGGGAGAAUUUUGCGCCGCUGGGUGCUGUACGCCAGUGGCUGACCGAAAACCGGACCGCAACAGAUGUUUACGUCAGCCAAGUCUACUAUGAGCAAUGGAAGACUAUAAUCAUGUCCAACGGAGGCAUGGAAGCGCCAUUACGGUGGUAUAAGGCGACAAUGGCAGGCAUCAGCAAUCCAACGGAGGACGGUACGUAG